AUGACUCUGUGGGCUGCCCUUCUGCUUUCAAGCCUAGCAGAUCUCCGGGCAGCUGCUUUCCGAACUGAUGUAGCAACUCCGGAUACUUCAGCGCAAGGUGCCCGUGCAGGAGGCCAUGCUUGCCCGGAGGCAGAGGGAUUCUCAACCUCUCGUCAUCGGUUUCAGCUUGAUGCGAAGGACUUGCACAACUUCACCCUUUGGCAAGACUGGAUUCUGAAGGCAUCUGAGAAGUGCGAGGGUCCCGACUUGGGCACUGCAUCCUUGCUCCCGGUGGUCAAUGCCGCUUCUCCAGAGGCUUCCAAGGUUUCCGUGGUCAUCAACGAGAACGGCGAUGCAGAAGUGAGAGCUGCCACCGGAGAAAAUUCGCGCCUCUUCGUCUGCAGCCGAGCCGGAGAAUGCGCUGCAUCGCUGGGUUUCCGUGCGAAAGAAGAAGCCAGGAUCAGUGAUCUUCUCUGCCUAGUCGUGAAUCCGGACAUCUGGAAAGGCAUCCGCAACCUGCCUCAUUCGAUGCGGCUCCUUCUCGAUGCCUUGCUUCUUGUUGCCCUGGCCUGUGUGGUGGGCAUGGUCGUCUGGUUCGCACUACUUCUUCGCGACAGUCUCACUGGCGGCUGGGAACUGACCUCUGAGGAGCAGGUCAGCGACCCGAACCUUCGCCUGCCAAGCUCCAUGGACAUUUUGUUGCAGGGUGCCAUCGACGUGCUCUUCUUCGUUCUGGGCUGCGCUCUUUUUGUGGUCGAAGGAGAGCGGUUCUUUCGCCGUCAGGAUCGCACCGGCGAGGACCCGGAUCUGUCCGGCUUCGUCUUUGUGCUGGUCUUUCCCUUGCUGUUUGGAAGCGUGGCAGUCAUGCGGAUUUUCUUGGCCACAGCUCGAUGUCAACUGUAUUAUGCCGCGCUUCGAGAUGGAAUUCUGCUGAAAUUCAAGCAUAAGCCGUCCUAUUUCGAACCAGCGCUGCUGUGGGUUUGGCUGGGAGUUGCGAUCUGCAUCGGCAAAGCCUUUCAGAUCAUGCUCAUGGGCUCGCUCCACUUUGGUCAGGGGCUGAAAGCCCUGCUGGUGAUGAUGUCUCCUUUGUAUUACAUGACAUCCUCGAUCCUGGACAUCCUCCACACCGAGUUCGCGGUGUGCAAUCAACACUGUACAGUUGCAUUGCAAGUCGUCUCAGAUGCUGAACCGAUACAGAUCGGAGCAAACAUGGUGUGCAUGUCGGACGGUGCAUUUUGCUCUGUCGCCCGCCAACGUGCAGACAUUUCUCGUCAACGCAGCAUUGAAGAAGGCGACGACUCGGCAUCGGACGGCUUCCGGGUGCUUGAUCUGGCCUGGCUUGGUCGCCUACUGGGACGCCGCGCGACAGGUGCCAAAAAGCUGCUGUUGCUGCUCUUCGACCCUCUGCAGGCUCUGACCUUUCUGUGUCUGGCCGUGCUGACGUGCUAUAUGGGUUUGCGGAUCUUGCUUCAUCAACCGAUGCUCGCAGAUUUGCAGGUCAUAGGAGGAUCGCUGUCGAGCCCCUUUGCAAGGCAUGUGAACGACUACAACAUCCUCGUUGACCGUAUGCAAUCGAUGAUAUCCGUCUCCGCACAGGCAAACCCGAAAGAUGUCACGGAGCUGGCAAUGCACGACUCCUCCGAGCCCGGUGUGCAGUCGCAGUGGACCUGGGGAAGCAGCAUCGCCAAAGCUGUCACUCUGGACAAGGAACACUAUCCCUACAACAUCAAGAUCGAUGCUUGGGAUACAACUGCACACAACUCCUACUCGGUGCAAAUCCUCAAAUCAGGCUUCCUUCCUGAAUCUGUGACUAUUACCGGUCGGACUGAUGACGGCAGACUCUUCCACCGGUGCAUUCCUUGGGGAUAUUUGUGGCAACGCCCCUGGAUCAAUGUACCGCUGGAGGUCGAGACAGUCGACAUGAACAUAUCGAUGGCCCAUUACGUCAUGGGCAUUCCGGAGAAUCACCGCACUGGUCGCUUCACCACGCAUUUCAUGCCCAACAUGACGAAGCAGGAGUGUGAGAAGCAGCAACUGUCCCAACCGUUCUCUGCUGUCGCGCAUCAUACGGUUGCCGGCUGCUAUGCAGUUUACCAGCCUCUUUGGAGCAGCUGUGGGAAAGCUGGCCAGGACGAGGCAAGGCACUUCCUGCACCUUCGCUCUGCCAAGCUCAUCGCCGAGCUGUGCUCCGAGAAGGAGCAGGUCUGCCACUCCGUUGAACGGAGCGGCCCAGUGUUGAGCUUCCGCAACCUCUCGACUGGCGAUUCCUUGGAUGAUGCAGCGGGCUAUGAAGUGAAAUUAUCGGUCAACGUGGGUCGCACCACCUUGCCAAUCGUGGAUGCGACAAACUUCUACCGGGUCACGGACAUGCGUUUCCUUCCUGGUGGUGCACAUGCGUUCACAAUGCUAAGCUUCCACUUGAUGUCGGACAACGUGUCAGCCACUCCCUUGUUGUAUGGACACGAAGCGGAACGAUGGACUGCAACGAUUUUUGAUAGCCCGGCAUUCAAAACCCAAAAGACGAUGCAACUGACAGUUGUCUCUGCUGACACGGACUGUGCUGUCGAGUCCAUUCAGGUGAGGUCAAGGAUGGACGGCACCGUGCCUUUGAAGGCCCUCGAGCUUGACAAGAGGGUUUGCGCGAGAGCGAUGUGGGCACAGGGAUGUUCCAACAACAGCGGCUUUCUCCCUGCCCGGACAUUCGAAAUUGAUCUGGCCUAUUGGCGCGACUUGAUUGUCAUGCAGGGCAUCUACUCUUCGGCGCAAUUCAUCCACUUAGAAGGCAGAAAGCGCUGCGAUUCCUUCAAGGGCUUCGCGGCCCACCAGGAGGAAGUCUACCUGGACUUUCAGCACGUGACAAAGGUAGACGACCUGGACCUCGUCGUCCAUGUUGCUGAUGGCUCAUUCACUACCACCGACGUGCACUGCCACAACACACAGCAGCACGUCCAGCACUGCUCUGUACAUGCUGUGCGACCCGGUUUCGUCAUCGACACUGGCCACUCCGUUUCACGUGUGAACCUGACGAUGAUUUUCAAUCAGCCCAACUGCUCUGUCGAGUGGAAGAAGUCUUGGGCCUCCUCGCCCACGCUUCGGCUUCACAGCGAGCCGGCGCGCACAUCUACUUCAGGCAACCUCACUGUGGCAGAGGACAUUUUGCUUAAGGGGUCUGCCGUUCCUGAUCUCCUUGCCUUUGAUUUGGGAACCCAUCGCCACCUGGCUCGGGGAUUGAGCUCCGCGGGCGAAUUUGCUCCGGAAGCCCGGGUUGCGCGAGCUCUUCGGGCCGGCACUGGGGCUAGAUUGGUGUUUGCGGGCAUUGGGCACUAUCAGCCUUCUUCUCUGCCUUUGCCCUUGCGGAAUCGCGGUACGUGCCGCGAGAUUCUCGGGGAGAUCGAGGAAUGCCGCGGCUCCCGGCCGUCUACAACCACUACGCUGGAUCUGGCCAAGGGGUCCUACCACGUCAUAUCCGGAUCAGUCAGCAUCACAAACGCGCAGCUCUCAGCUGGAAAGCGUCAUUGGUUGGAGAACGACUUGAAGCGGCACCCAGGAUUGCCAGCCCACAGCCGAUGGGCACGCAGUGGCCUGGAGCUGUUCUUGCAAAUCUGCAAGAUGUGCAACAUCACCGAACUCCUGGCAGGCGUUGAGGAGCCAAGAAUUGCGAGUGGAACACACGUCAGAAUGCAGCCGGUGGUUCUUGGAGACGGCUGCUGGCACAUUUUCACGGUCUCAUCAGCUGUUCAUAGCCGCUACAUAGCCAUUCACAGCACCAACUUGAAUAUGUUUGACACCAACCAACUCUUCAUCUUCGCCACAAGUAGUUUCCUUUUGAACACUAGCGCGAAGUCCACUGCGGCGCCACUGCUCGUUGGCUCGGAUGUCGAAUGGGUGUAUGGGACGGGAUCCGAUUUUCCAUUCCGCUGCGGCGCUCUGAUGAGAAACAAUGCACGUGGCGCGUGUGCUCAGGGAACGAAAGACCUAGGAAAGCCCUCCCUGGAAAGUGAGGAGAGAUCCUCCCCUUCCACCAGCAGACAAGCACAGGUUAUCUGCACACUCCGGGAAGGACCUGUGGACGAAUGCGAGGAUUGGAAUGACACUGGUGAAGGGAAGGCGCCGAGCGGUAACUGCCCAAUCACCUUGACGUAUCGUGGUCAAAAGACGACGCUGCGGCCAUGGGACCCUUCGCGAUGUCCCCUGGCAGCGGCCAUCCACAACCAGCUCAUCCAUUUUCCUAUUCGGCCCAAGAGCAAUGUCUUUGCCAUCCACUGCUCCCUCCAGAGCUUGAGCCACAUUUCGGACACUUUGGGUCCCCUCGGACGAGUUAUCGGCGUGUGCAGCCGAGACCCACAGAAGCAGCCAAAACCGGAAACGGUUCAUCGCUUUUUAAAAAGGCACCCAAACACAACGCUGAUUUUCGAGGAUGUUGAAGAAGCGACAUUGGAACGUUACGAGCGACUUCUCAGUCUUCCUGAUGACAGUAGGUAUGCCUUCCUCAUGGCGCUGCAUCCCCGGUUGGGGGAGAACAGCCCUGCAAGGCUCUUGAAAGAGGAUGCUCCGAAGCUCUGCAAGCGCAUCUUCGACUUCCUAGUGUGCACUACUCCUGCGCACAUCAAAAGCCUCGUUCUGUGGCCUUGGACUGGAGACGCCAAGGACAAGGAUUGGGGCGAGGAUGCGGAUCAGUUUGACAAGGUACCGCGGCAUGUGCAGGAGAUUGUGAUGAAUCAUACCAACAUUCUCCAGCGGUGGAGGAGGCCUCGCAGGAGCGGUGAGAAGAAGCACUCCGAGGGCGAGAAUUCCGACAGCCACGAGAGGAUUUGGGUGUUUUUGGACAUUCGCACGGACACCAGCUCUGGUGGCAACUUAGACAUGAAGUUGGUGAACGAACUGGCGAAGCUUGGCUUGCUGGCCAAGGAACAGCUGGCUUUAACGCCUUGGUUCCCGAAUCACGCGCUGCUGCUUUUGCAGUAUGCCCUUCACAGGGAUGAGAGGCAAGCCAUCUCCCGGGAAAGCUACAAAGUGCCAGGAUCUGCCGAAGGGAAGGAGCGCCGCCUUGUCAAGGAGGGGCGGAGCAAAGAGAAGAGCCAUCGGCCUCCCUCGGCACUCUCCAUGCCGGUCCCCAGCUUCGGCACGACAAAGAAUACGCUCGGGCUCGGGCUGCAAGCUGCCGGGGGGGGGGGGGGGGGGUCCCAUAAGAGACGGGACUGCACUGGCUAG